GGUGGAACCAGACCUGGCAGCAGCAGCGGCCGAGACGAGAUCCCAAUCUUGCGAUCCAUUCCGCCGCCGAUGGCGCUGCCGUCGAGCGCCUCCGCGGCGCGGCUGCGGCUGAUCACCGUGCCGGCGCUGCUGCUGCUGCUAUCCUCCGCCGCGCUGCUCGUCUUCCUCAUCCUCCCCUCGCUUUCCCCGUCCUCCUCGGCCACCUCCGCGCACCUCUGCGCCUGCUCGCCCCCCUCCACCCACACCACCACCACCGUCACAACGACCACCACCACGGCCUCCCCCGCGCCCGUCACCACCUCCCCUGCGGACGUCGCCUGGCUCAAGGCCCAGCUCGCGUCCAACUCCCUCCUCGCCGGCGGCGCCGCGGCCUCCCACGACGCCUGGCACCGCCUGCGCAAGGGCAUCAAUCCCCGCACUCGCGAGCAGCAGCUCUUCGACAUCAACAGGCACCAUGGGAUCUCUCACUAUCCGGACGAAGAGGCAAGCAACCACAUGGCACUGCCGUGCCCCGGAGAGCUCCUUGUGGAAGAGCACCACAGCAACUAUGGUGAACCAUGGGCCGGUGGCCGAGACGUCUUCGAGUUCCUUGCUAAUGCCUCUACACUCACGCCCACGGACGAGGUCCUUGAAAUUGGGUGUGGAACACUUCGUGUCGGUCUGCAUUUUAUUCGGUAUCUUGAGGCUGGGAGGUUCCAUUGCCUGGAAAGGGAUGAGUUGUCUCUCAUGGCUGCGCUCCGGUAUGAACUGCCAGCACAGGGGCUGCUGUAUAAGCGGCCGAUGAUUGUGAGAGGGGAGGAUAUGGACUUCAGCAAGUUUGGGGAUACGGUUAUGUAUGAUCUCAUUUAUGCAAGUGCUGUGUUCCUCCAUAUUCCAGAUAAGCUUGUUUGGAUUGGGCUUGAGAGGCUUGCAGGAAAGCUGAGACCGCAGAGAGGCCGGAUUUUUGUAUCGCAUAACAUUAAAUUUUGCUCAAGACUGGGUGGUGAUGAGUGCACACAGCGGCUUGCAAAAUUGGGCCUUGAAUAUGUGGGGAAGCACACUCAUGAUAGCUUGUUAUUUAACCACUACGAGAUCUGGUUUGAAUUCCGCCGGCCAAAAGUUUAGAUCUUGAUGGUACAAAGUGGUUUGGUUUCUGUGGUGCAGUUUUGGUGGUUUUGAGCACAGAUCCAGUCAUGCUUGUACUGUUUGUACACUACUGGGACUUGACUUCAGAUCAAUAUUGAUGUUCGCUUGGUGCCUAAUUCAAGCAUAUGCGCCAAAAGUCAUGAUUAAGAGAUACUUCGGUGCUUCCGUGAGUCUUCCAAGUUACAUUAGGUGAGUGGUGGAUGAAGGCUAUAGCUUUAAUUAGCACCCAUUAUUGGAUGUACUGUAACUUUAGUAAUGUUUCUGGUAUUAUGGCCUUAUAGGGUAGGUGGGUAGCUGAUGUCAAAGUCGUGUGAUACAUGCCUGUUACUCUGAAAGCUGCCUCCUGUGGUCAAAAUAGAAUAUUAUCAGCACACAGAGUUUAGGAAGCUGUGAAAAGGAUAACUCUGGUUAUCUUAUUCUUGCAUUCAUGGAACAGACACUUUGUUAUGCUGCUGUAUUUUGUUGAAUAGUUGCAAGCAUGUGAUUUUUGUCAAUUU